AUGGCAGACGUCGACGAGGACGCGAUGCCUCGGGGUCAGGGCACUUCGGAGGAUGUGGACCUUAGUGAUGAGACGCAGGAUUUCCGGUUCUUGGCUUCGAUAUCGUGAGUACAGACGUGACAUGCAUUAUUCCUAUUGACAAGCUGAUGUACUGAUUGCUUUCCUCGCUCGGUAGGAGAGAAAAUGCCGCCAUUCCCAAACGCGGCGAGAAAGAUUUCGAACCGCAUUCUACCGCUUUACAGUCCAAUACUCUAGCAGCAUCACGGCAGGCUAUGCACAAUGCGCUCUCUUUCCAGAGACAACAUGCGCCGAAAAGUCAUGUGGUUGCGACUUACCAUCCGGAGACGAAUAUGGCGUACGCCAUGAACCCGAAAGGACCCAUGUUUACCAAGAUGGGCCAUGUGAAAUCUGCCAAAGACGAUCCUUUGGGCGCUGAGGAUCGCGGCCAGAGGCUUUGGCUGCUGCCGGAAGAAGUUCUCUACCUGGUCGAGCGAGGCACUCUGGAUGUGCGAUGGCCUUCGGACGAGGAGGGCGAGAACGGGUUGCCGAUGAGUCUUCAGGGUGCCUAUGCGAUGUUCCUUGGCGAUCAGGGCGCGCAUGACGGAGCUCUCACCUUUGAGCGAUUCUCGGUCUACACCGGUUUGAAGCGCUCGGGUUACACUGUUAUGCGCGCGCCUAGUUGGGCCACCGCCGGACCGCCACUUGGGAAGGACUGCUAUCCGCCACCAAUAUCACAGCAGACGUGGAAAGCCGGUCUACUGAGCACAGCGUCAAUUUGGAAAAUGGUUCUCCCGUCACACGAACCGAAACUGGAUGACUCGCGACAGCGUCUGGGUCCCCUCGUCGAACCAGGGCUCUACCGCAACUACGAAUCAAUCUACCGCCGCCUCGCCCUCAUCAACUUCCACGACCCUACCUCUCGACAGCAAGACCCUACAACUGCAACCGAACCGCCCAUUACUGACCCAAACUUCCGCAUCACCUUCCACGUCUGGAAACCGGGAAAUACGACCUUUAAGAAAAGCGCGCCCGGCAUUCCCGAUUUUCGGAUCGCGGUGGUCAACGCACGCGAGACGUCCGCUCCGACACUACAACAACUCAGCGCACUGCUCGAGACAGCGCCAUGGGAUCCUCCCACGUCGGCAACUCACUUCAAUCAGGAAUUGAAACAUGGGUACAAGAAUGUCAUUCUCGCGAUUGUGGAUAACGGGGUCACGAGCUAUCUGCGUGUUUCCGAUGCUGCAUUUGGAAACGAGAAGGUCUUUGAGCGGAAAGCUGCUCAGAGAGGGGGAAAGCGGGGCGGGAGAGGUGGUGGUGGUGGGAGAGGCGGAGGUAGAGGCGGUAGGGGAGGUCGAUGA